AUGGACACUCCAAACACGUCAAUCGGCAAUGGUACCAGCACCAACACCUCUCAUCUCAAGCAGCACAAGUCCUCCUCCUCUCUAGGCUCUUUGUACGAAGUUCUUGCCGACCUUGAUGACACCCAGCUGCAGUAUCUCAUUCAAGAGAUGAACCACACCGGUCAUCGCAACGUGCCCGUAUCCCAGGCGGUAUCAGCUUUAGAGGCGCAAGCUCCCCUCAGCUCCCUCAGCUUCACGACCCCAAGGACGUCAGACCCUGUGCAAGAACCCCAGCGGCGACUAUCCAAGUCACAACAAGGAAAGCUCCGACUCCAGACUGCAUUUCGAAGGACCCCCUCGCUGCAACAGGGACGACACGGUCAUACAGGAAGCCAUGGCGCCCGGGACGCGAACGUGGACGGUGGAUCCAGAGGCUCAUGCAGCAGCCCGAGCACGGUCCCUACAACCCAGAGCCGCGAAUCUGCCCACAAGCAUAGCGGCUUGCCCGAGGCGUCCGAUGGUACCAUCUGCUCCGCGAACCUCGACUCUCAAAAAGGUCACUGGCUUUCUCGGCCACCAACAGAAAACAAAAUCGACGCUGGUGCGGUGCAGCCACCAAUUGAAAGAACCAGACGGGAAGGGCCCACCUACAGACGCAUCCCCCGACCGGAUUUUAGUCUCCCCGAAGGCGUCACUGUCGUGGACCUGCUUCACCUUCUCGAGGUCGAGUACCUAUCCUCCAAUUCGUCACGGUCAUCCUCCCCUAGCUCUACAUCUUCUCCGUCAUCUUUAUCUUCCCCAUUUCCGACGCAGCGACUGGUUUCGGGAUCCAAACACCUGAACCAAUUACCAAUCUGGCCAGGGUCACGACCGCUACGAAGACACACGUCACGAUUGGACAUGGCUCUAGACGUAGAGCGCUCAGCUUCUGGUGCAAUGGAGAUCGGAAUGGGCAUGCUCGAGCCUCGGGAGCUGAGAUCCGCUUCGCUAGGAGCACCCGCCUUCGAUUCUAUGGGCCGUACGUCUCUCGAUACUUUUGAGCGCAAUUUCAAGGGCGAAAUGCCGUCUUUUGCACCACCAAUUGUUUACGAGGGGAUAUUUGAUGUUCUAGAGAACCAAUGA